AUGUCUGCCAUAACCGAGAUGAAAGAAUUCAGUGGCCGAGAGAAGAAAGAAGAACGGGCCAGGAACUGGAUCAGUAAGGUGAAGUCGGCGCUCCUACGCGAUCAAGUGCCAGAAGUGGAGAAGUGCUUGGUGCUCAGCGAUCUACUUACGGUAUUGGCGCUUGACUGGUAUAACCAGCUUAGCCGCUUAACGAGGACUUCGUGGAAGGCACUCCUGGAAGGCUUAGUGGCAAAAUACGGAGGGAAGAAUAGUGUUUCAGUCGGGAGACUCUUUUACCAUGCGCGUAAGCGAUCGAACGAGAAGCCAUUGGAGUACUUUUACCGUCUGAACGUGGCCGCGAUCCAGGCGAAGAUCCCGAUGCGAAAUGGAUCGCCCGCCACUCGAAAGGAACAUGUGAAUCAUUAG